UAGGUUUUCAAAAAAAAAAAAUGGUUUGUGAGUUGAUGGUGUCCCACUUUUCUUCACCAACAACAUCAUAUCAUUUCUGGACGUGUAUCCCAUUACUUCUUCAUCAGUUCAGUUUCUGUACAUAUAAAACAUUAAUUACACAGACUUUAAUCUACACUACACCGAUCAUCGAUCAAACUAAACCACAGUAGACAUGAAGCUGAUGAUCACAUCUUCAUGCAAGCGUUUCAUCUUCUCCCCAUUCAAGAAAAUAAUGCUUCACCUCUUCAAAUUCAGGCUCCGAAACUCUCUCUCCGUCGGCCGGCGGCUCCGCCGUCCAAGACAGCGCAGAAUCGCCGGCGAACGCCGCAUCCGGCGAAGUAUUUUCCGAUAUUUAAGGAAGGAGAGAGAGGACGACGACGAAGAUGAGGCGAUGGAGCUGAAGAGCUACUCGGACACGACGAUUAAUCAGAAGGCGCCGUUUCCCUCUCCUUUGACUCCGGCGUAUGUGAGGAAUAAUGGUCGGGAAGAUGGGCGGAUUCCGGACGAGAUGGACGGCGGCGAUGCGUGUAGAAGGUUCGAGAAGUGCUUGGCGGGGAUAGUGGCCGGAGAAGGGAGAAUGGGGGUUAGGGAUUUGAAUAUGGAUGUUGAGGAUUUGGUUUACUGCUGGGAGAAUCUGAGGUGUCCGGUGUUCUUGGAUCUUGUUUGCAGAUUCUAUAGAGAGUUAUGCAAGGAUGUGUUUUCCGACAACGUUGAUCCUAACAUCGAGUUACACUUGAAGAAUCAUAAUAGGAAUUAAUGAAAUUACUUUUUGUCUCAGUUAUUAUAAUCAAAAGAAUUGAAGAAAUUCAUUACUCCUUCCCAUGCACACGGAAGUUAUAUUGCGGGUGUGGGUGAUGAUUCUCAUAUUAUUCUUUAG